CCUUGGGCGAAAGUGAAGGAAACCAGGAGGGUCCCAGUUAGCCAGCCCGAUGCAAGGCAGGAGGCGAGACCUUCCCCAGCAGCAGCAGCAGGAAGGAUGGGGUAUUCUGCCUGUGAACAUGGAGGUUCUCCUUAACCAAGGACUCCGCAGACGCCCCGUCUCUUAAAGGAAGGGGCCGCGCAUUGUCCGGAGUCUUGCUUGGACAGGUCGUGGGUCGCCGCCGGCAGGCAGACUACCUUCCUCGCCAGGCAGCUCUGAGGCAGCCCUCGCCCAGCCUUCUCCUGCCAAGCUGGUUUGUCGGGGAGGAGGCGCCGCCGCCGGAGACACACCCCGCUGGGCCGUCCCGUCCCGUCCCUGCUGCUGCCGCUGCCACCGCCGCGCCAGGAAGGAGAACGGCCGCUCCCUCCUUCCCUCCGCCGCCCAACGGACGGAGCUGCCACUCCCCUCCCGCCUCGCCUUCGUUCGUCGCAUCCGCCACAGCAGCCCCUGAGCUCGCCCCGACCGACGGCCUCGGACUAGACGGAGCCGCCGCAUCCACCGCCUGGCUCGCCCUCAUGGCCUCAACGGAGGAAACCGACGGGGCGGUCGUGGCCCGGCCCCACUACGGCUCUGUCCUGGAUAAUGAGAGGAUGACUGCGGAAGAGAUGGAUGAGCGGAGACGGCAGAACGUGGCCUACGAAUAUCUUUGCCACCUGGAGGAAGCCAAGAGGUGGAUGGAAGCCUGCCUUAAUGAAGAGCUGCCCCCCACAACGGAGCUGGAGGAGGGGCUCAGGAAUGGGGUCUACCUGGCCAAGCUUGGAAACUUUUUCUCCCCCAGAGUGGUGUCUCUCAAGAAGAUCUAUGACCGGGAGCAGACUAGAUACAAGGCCACAGGUCUCCACUUCCGGCAUACGGACAACGUGAUUCAGUGGCUGAAUGCAAUGGCUGAAAUUGGCCUCCCCAAGAUUUUCUACCCAGAAACAACAGACAUCUAUGACCGGAAGAAUAUGCCCCGCUGCAUCUAUUGCAUCCAUGCACUCAGCCUGUACCUGUUCAAGCUGGGAUUGGCCCCACAGAUUCAAGACCUGUAUGGCAAAGUGGACUUCACAGAGGAGGAGAUCAGCAACAUGAGGAGUGAGCUGGAGAAGUAUGGCAUCCAGAUGCCUGCCUUCGGCAAGAUUGGUGGAAUCUUGGCCAACGAGCUCUCUGUGGAUGAAGCAGCAUUGCAUGCAGCUGUGAUUGCCAUUAAUGAUGCCAUCGACCGCCAGAUUCCUGCAGAAACGUUUGCAGCAAUGAAAAACCCCAAUGCCAUGUUGGUGAACCUGGAAGAGCUCCUGGCACCAGUAUACCAGGGCACCCUGUACCAGGCAAAGCAGGAAAAGACAGAGAAUGCACGAAACAGGAUUGCCUCUGAGGAUAUGGAAAGAGAAAGGGAUGUCUACGAAGAACUGCUUACUCAAGCAGAGAUUCAGGGCAACAUCAACAAAGUCAACACGCACUCAGCCUUGUCAAAGAUCGAUCUGGCUCUGGACCAAGGAGACGCCUCAGCUUUGUACAAAGCGCUGUCAUUGGCAGCCCUGGGGCUCCGGGGACUAUGGCAAGAAAACAGCGACUGGUAUUUCAAGCAGCUUUUGAGGGAUAAGCAGCAGAAGCUGGAGGCUGGCAGAGGUGGGUCCUUGCAGAAGGAGGAGUUGCAGACUGGGGUCGACGUGGCAAACGGUGUAGCUCAGCAGUACCAGCAAAGAUUGGCAGCCGUGGGGAGGGUCAACGUGGCUGUCCACAGCGGCCUUGCUGAGAAGACGGUAGUGGAGCUGAUGAACCCUGAGGCACAGCUGCCCCCGGUCUAUCCCUUUGCUGCUGAGCUGUACCAGCGGGAACUGGCUACCCUGCAGCAGCAGAGCCCUGAUGGUAACCUCACGCACCCAGAAUUGUCAGUGGCUGUGGAGAUGCUGUCUUCAGUGGCCCUGAUCAACCGAGCCCUGGAUUCGGGGGAUGUCACCAUGGUCUGGAAACAGCUGAGCAGCCCAGUGACAGGCCUGACAAAUGUCGAGGAUGAAAACUCCCAGAGAUACGUUGAUGACUUGCUGAAGUUGAAGGCUCAGGCACGGGACGAAGGGACAGAGUUCAUUACAUGGAAUGACAUCCAGUCCUGUGUUGACCGAGUGAAUGUUGCGGUGCAUGAAGAGCAUGAGCGGAUUUUAGCAAUUGGACUCAUCAAUGAGGCUUUGGAUGAAGGAGAUUCUAGAAAAACCCUGCAGGCUCUACAGAUUCCUGCUGCAAAACUGGAGGGGGUGACCCCCAAAGUAGCUCAGCAUUACCAAGAUGUGCUGCUCCGCACAAAGAGGGAGAAAGCGCAGGAAACUCGGGAUGAAACGGCUGUCCUCUGGCUAGAUGAGAUUCAGGGUGGUGUUUCCCAGUCGAACAGGGACACGGAGGAAGCCCAAAGGUUUUCCUUAGGAAUUCUGGCCAUUAAUGAGGCAGUGGAUCAAGGUGAUGUUGGAACAACCCUUAGCUGCCUGCGUUCACCUGAUGUUGGACUGUAUGGCGUGACCCCGGAAUGCGCAGACACGUACCAGCAGGGACUGGCGGAAGUGAAGAGAACAAAACUGGCCGCAGGAGACAACAGCAGUGAGUGGGUGAAACACUGGGUGAAGGGAGGCUACCAUUAUUACCAUAACCUCCGGACCAAAGAAGGAGGCUGGGAGGAGCCUGAGGGAGGAUUUGUGCCAAAUAACACGCAGCUCUCGCGGGAGGAUAUCCAGAGUUCCAUCUCAGCAGUCACUGCCGCGUACAACCGAGAGCAGCUCUGGUUAGCCAAUGAGAGCCUUAUCACCAAGCUGCAGGCCUACUGCCGUGGCUACCUCGUUCGCCAGGAGUUCAAUGCCCGGAUGCACUUCUUGAAGAAGCAAGUUCCUGCCAUCACCUGCAUCCAGUCUCAGUGGCGUGGUUACAAGCAGCGAAAAGCAUACCAAGACCGCUUGAAGUACCUGCAGGCACACAAAGACAAAGCUGUGAAGAUUCAAGCGAUGACACGGAUGUGCCAGGCCCGAAAGCGGUACAGAGAUCGGCUUCAGUACUUCCGAGAUCAUAUCAACGACAUUGUGAAGAUUCAGGCCUUCAUCCGUGCCAAUAAAGCGCGUGAUGACUACAAGACAUUAAUCAGUGCUGAAGACCCCCCCAUGGCUGUUGUCCGGAAGUUUGUGCACUUGCUGGAUCAGAGCGAUCAAGAUUUUCAAGAGGAACUAGACGUGAUGAAGCUGCGUGAGGAGGUUGUGACCUUGAUCCGGUCCAAUCAGCAGCUGGAGAAUGACCUCAACCUCAUGGAUAUCAAAAUUGGGUUGCUGGUGAAAAACAAAAUCACACUGCAGGAUGUCGUGUCUCAUAGUAAGAAGCUGACCAAAAAGAAUAAGGAGCAGCUUUCGGACAUGAUGAUGCUAAACAAGCAAAGAGGAGGCUUGAAGGCCCUGAGCAAAGAGAAGAGGGAGAAGCUGGAGGCCUAUCAGCAUCUCUUCUACUUGCUGCAGACAAACCCUACUUACCUGGCUAAGCUGAUUUUCCAAAUGCCCCAGAACAAAUCCACUAAAUUCAUGGACUCUGUGAUCUUCACACUGUACAACUAUGCCUCCAAUCAGCGAGAGGAAUACCUGUUGCUGCGCCUGUUCAAGACCGCGCUGCAGGAAGAGAUCAAGUCAAAGGUGGAUCAGCUGCAUGAGAUUGUGACUGGAAACCCCACAGUGAUCAAGAUGGUGGUGAGCUUCAAUCGUGGUGCUCGUGGGCAGAAUGCCUUGAGGCAGAUCCUGGCACCUGUUGUGAAGGAGAUCAUGGAGGACAAGUCUCUCAAUAUCAAAACUGAUCCCGUGGAUAUAUACAAGUCAUGGGUCAACCAGAUGGAGUCACAGACCGGAGAGGCCAGUAAGCUGCCUUAUGAUGUUACCCCAGAGCAAGCCCUGGCUCAUGAUGAGGUCAAGACACGCCUGGAUGCCUCCAUCAAAAACAUGCGGGGCGUCACCGACAAGUUUCUGCUGGCCAUCAUUGGCUCCCUGGAAAAAAUCCCUUAUGGGAUGCGCUUCAUUGCCAAAGUCUUGAAAGAUUCGCUGCACGAGAAAUUUCCUGAUGCCAGCGAGGAUGAACUGCUGAAGAUUGUAGGUAACCUUCUGUACUAUCGCUACAUGAACCCAGCCAUUGUGGCUCCUGAUGCCUUCGACAUCAUUGAUUUGUCAGCCGGAGGACAGUUGACUACUGACCAGCGGCGAAAUCUUGGCUCCAUUGCAAAAAUGUUGCAGCAUGCAGCGUCCAAUAAGAUGUUCCUGGGGGACAAUGCGCAUCUUGGUAUCAUUAAUGAAUACCUCUCUCAGUCUUACCAGAAAUUCAGGCGCUUUUUCCAGGCUGCUUGUGAAGUCCCAGAACUGCAAGAUAAGUUUAAUGUUGAUGAAUAUUCUGACCUGGUGACCCUCACGAAGCCAGUGAUCUAUAUUUCCAUUGGAGAAAUCAUCAAUACACACACACUGCUUUUGGAUCAUCAAGAUGCAAUUGCUCCUGAGCACAAUGACCCGAUCCAUGAACUGCUGGAUGACCUGGGGGAAGUUUCCACCAUUGAAUCUCUGAUAGGAGAGGGAUCUGGCAUUGUGAAUGAUCCGGCCAGUAAAGAGAUGCUGGCCAAGACAGAAGUUUCGCUCACAUUGACUAAUAAAUUUGAUGUUCCUGGGGACGAGAAUGCGGAGAUGGACGCAAAGACAAUUCUGCUAAACACAAAGCGCUUAAUUGUGGAUGUAAUCCGCUUCCAGCCAGGAGAGACCCUGACUGAGAUCCUGGAAAGUUCAGCCACUGCUGAGCAGGAAGCUGAACACCAGAGAGCCAUGCAGAGGCGAGCAAUUCGGGAUGCCAAGACUCCUGACAAGAUGAAGAAAUCGAAAGCUGUCAAGGAGGACAGCAACCUCAGUCUUCAAGAGAAGAAGGAAAAGAUAAAAUUGGGGCUGAAGAAGUUGACUGAGCUGGGCACAGUGAACCCCAAGAACAGAUACCAGGAUUUGAUCAAUGACGUGGCAAAGGACAUCCGGAAUCAGCGGCGCUAUCGCCAAAGAAGGAAAGCGGAACUGGUGAAGCUGCAGCAGACCUACAAUGCACUCAACUCCAAGGCUACUUUCUAUGAGGAGCAGGUGGAUUACUACAAGAGCUACAUCAAAACCUGCUUGGAUAACUUGGCUAGCAAGGGCAAGGUCUCAAAAAAGCCACGGGAGAUGAAAGGAAAGAAGAGUAAAAAGAUUUUCCUGAAAUACACAGCAGCCCGGCUCCAUGAAAAGGGAGUCCUGUUGGAAAUUGAAGAUCUGCAAGUCAGCCAAUUUAAAAAUGUGAUAUUUGAAAUUGGUCCAACAGAAGAAGUUGGAGAUUUUGAAGUAAAAGCAAAGUUCAUGGGUGUUCAGAUGGAGACAUUCAUGCUGCAUUAUCAGGAUCUGUUGCAGCUUCAGUAUGAAGGUGUGGCUGUCAUGAAGUUAUUUGACCGAGCAAAAGUAAACGUUAAUCUUCUUAUUUUUCUCUUGAACAAGAAGUUCUACGGGAAGUAACUCAUUCCUUGGAGGUCUGUGGAAAGGGAGCUUUGUGUUUCCUUCUGUGAGCUUUUUUGCCCAGCAGUGGAUCCCUAACUGAGCCCUUUACCCUCACAGGCGUAGCCACCCUCUGUAGGGAGACUGCAGCUCUUUGCACCCCAACCUGGCAUACCUCUGUGUCAGCUCCUGCAUAUAUUAUUUCCCAUGUACUCACUCAGUGGCACCAAGAAUUAAACCAUUAUUAGACUCUCUGUUCAAGUUCUGAGUGGUUUGUGUGUUUUGCUUUGUGCUUUUGUGUAAGUAUGUGGGUGGUUGGCACCUUUGGGCUACAUUGGCAGGUUGGAUUUCACAUACUUUUUGCAGGGUGAAUAAAAACCAUUAAAAAUAA